ACGAUAAGCAAGACUCGGAUCUCGACACCAGCAUCAGCAGACUGUGCCAGUUUCUCGGUGCUUCAGAUUGCGAUGCCGAAAGUGAAGACUUUCCGCAGUCGUCGACCAGCUCUUUCAACGAAACCGAAACCCAAGUGCCAAGCGUCAACUCGACGCGACAGCUUACGGAUGGCGCCUGUUCGACGAGGAGUUUAGACGACGACAUGCCAGCGGAAAACGAACUGCUUACCUUCGAUUCGUGCUUCAGGCUCUCAAACCCGGCGAUGGCGUUGGAUGGCAUCUCCAAAG